AUGUCAGCAACCCUGAUAUCCAACGCACGCAUUUUCAACGGCGUAUCAGUUGUAACUGAAUCUGGCCAUGUUUUAGUUGAAUCCGGUCGCAUCUCUCGAAUUUCGCUGCGAGAACCAUUGUCGACACCUCAAGGCUGUGCCGUGGUCGAUGCAACAGGAUGCACUCUACUCCCUGGUCUUAUCGACGCCCAUGUGCAUGUUUAUCAAGAUGUCAAUCUUUUGAAAACUGCCAUCCAAUAUGGAGUUACUACUGUAUUAGACAUGCACAACGAACCGGAGUGGUUUCAGGGUAUCAGCAAGGUGACCCACCAGCAAAAUGAUGUGUCCGAUGUCAAGUCUUGUGGAUUUGGGGCUACAAUCAAAGACGGCUGGCCAGCUGCGAUUGUCAAGCUGGUUUCGCAAGAGCCGAACAUCGAGGAGAGAAUUUCCAAGUGGCCCAACCUCACCGACAGGGCAUCGAUAGAAGGAUUUAUUGCCAGAAAUCGAGCUGCGGGUGCCAGCUUUACUAAACUAAUGCAAGAGGAUGGCCAUACUAUGAAUCUACCCUUCCCGACUAUCCCAGUGCCGACUCCAUCCGUGGAAAUCCAAAGAGCAAUUGUGGAUGCGUCGCACGAAAAUGGCAUGCUGACGAUUGCCCACGCGUUAACCAACCAUUCGACACUCUCAGUGCUUGAAGCCGGAGUAGAUGGAUUAGCUCACGCAUCAAUUGAACCGAUCACCGAGGAAGUCGUCAAGGCUUUCAAGAAGAACAAUGCAUUCCUAGUUCCUACGCUAGCUGUACACGCUUCUUGUAGUGGUGAAGAGCAGGAAUCUCGUGAAAGAUUCUCAGCUGAUUUGGAAGGCACUGCGAAAGAGCAUCUUCAGGGAUGCCUCCAUAUCACUCGGGAAGGAUUCACUAUUAAGAAUGUGUAUGAGCAAGUUAUUACUCUGAAAGAGGCGGGGAUAGAUAUUAUAUGUGGAACGGAUACGUCAACAGAUCUCGUUGGUACUCGGGCCGGGGCUUCGGUUCAUCAUGAGUUGUGGAUGUAUGUCAACCGCUGCCAUUUCACGCCUCAGGAAGCACUCAUUUCGGCAACAUCAAAGACGGCCGACCGAUUUAAAUUGACUGAUCGGGGCAAGAUCGAAGAGGGUCGCCUGGCAGACCUGCUACUUGUUGCUGGAAACCCGGCAGAAUCUAUAGAUGCCAUUGCCAAUGUUCAAGGGGUUUGGAGGAAUGGAGAGAGACUAGCCAGGAAAGUCUAA